ACAGAAGCAAGGUCAGCGCAGCACAUUCCACCAACCAACCCCCACCAAGACCACGUAAAGCAAGCAGCGUGCCUGCCUCCCUUCUUGUUCUUCAUUCUUCAUCGUACGAGGUACUUCCACCCCCCCCCACUCCCCCUCCCACACACACACACUGACAACGCAGAGAUGAUGGGCAGCCACCCACAGCGCAAGAAGCGACGGGAUCGCCAGAGAGGAAGCAAGGGCCGAAGGAAAAGAGACAGCGGCGGCGGCGGUGGUGAUGUCGGCGGCGGUGUCGGCGGCGGCGGCGGCGGCAGCAACAGCGACACACUGCGGAGCACAGGCCGGCGGUCAAAGCUCACGGUGUGCGUGCGUGUGCGACCUCGCUUGCAUCAUGAGGUAGCAGCAGGCCGCAAAGACAUUGCCCGCGUCGUUGACGAAAAGAUGGUGGUGCUCAUGGACCCGCACGACAACAGCGACGACAUCCUGCGGCGCAACAGGUCGCGGGAGAAGCGGUUCGCCUUUGACACCUGCUUCGACUCAAGCGCAAACCAGAAGACCGUGUACACCAUGACCACAAAGCCCAUCAUCAAGGGCGUGCUGAACGGGUACAACGCCACCGUCUUCGCCUACGGGCCCACGGGGUCGGGAAAGACGUACACCAUGCUCGGCAACGCCGACAACCCCGGCAUCAUGACGCACACGCUGCGCGACCUCUUCAAGCUUGUCGCCCGUCGCGAGGACGAAACAGAGUACCGCAUCACCAUGACAUAUGUGGAGCUGUACAACGAGUACCUCUACGACUUGCUCGUCGACGACUCCGACGAGUUGGAGCUGCGCGAGGACGCACAUGGCAACAACCAUGUCAUUGGCGCAACGGAGGUGCACAUCACGCAACCGGAGCAGGUUCUCGGGUUGCUGAUGGAGGGUAACCGCCGCAGAACACAGGAGGCCACCGCAGCCAACUCUACCUCAUCCCGGUCACAUGCUAUCCUGUGCAUUCGCGUCCGCAGCACCCCUCGCAUGCAAGACAUUCAACGCCAACACAAGCUUGGUCAACUGUACAUGUGUGAUCUCGCUGGCUCGGAGCGCGCGGCGCACACGAAGAACAUUGGGCAGCGCAUGGUGGAGGGCCAACACAUCAACCGCUCCCUCCUUGCACUUGGCAAUUGCAUCAACUCCCUCGGGUCCCACGGCCAAGUCAAGUACGUCAACUAUCGUGAUAGCAAGCUGACGCGCUUGCUGAAGCAUGCACUCGGCGGCAACUGCCGCACGGUGAUGAUUGCCCACAUCAGCCCGUGUGACCACCACUUUGAGGAGUCCUACAACACCCUCACCUACGCCAACCGAGCAAAGAACAUCAAGACACGCGUCACACGCAACGCAGAACAGGUGCAAGCACACGUUACAGAGUACACCAACAUCAUCUCGUCGCUCAAAGACCAGAUUGCAACACUUCAGCGACGCCUGACGGAACGCAAGAAGAGCGCUCCUCCCCGACCACGCUCCGCCUCUGGCGAUUCGCGCCGGCUGUCCUCUGCUGAUGCAAUGCCGAGCAUUGUUGAGUUUCAGCUGCAACUCGAUCAACUCCUCAAGGACCAGCUGGAUCUGUUUGAACAACUGCACGACAUCAGACACAAGAGCUUGGAAGUUGUGUUGGACGCGCGCGAGCAGACAACAGACUCGCUCCUCGCAGACAAUGUCUUUGACCUGGACAUUUACGACGAGUCAAGUGAUUCGAAGCAGGUGCUGCAAGUUGUGACGGACCAGGUUGACCUUGCACGCGACAAGCUGAAGCGACUGGAGGAUGAGCGGCAAGCGGUGCUGUCGAAGAUUGACGCAGGCCGCAGCCAAGCCCUGCAGCUGCUGAAGGAGGCACAGACUGCCAACUCUCUUGACGAAGAGGCAGAACAUGUGCUGUCCCACUUGCACGGCCUCUUUGACAGCAAGCUCGCGCUGGCAAGCGCAGAGUCGUCGCGCACGAGUCUUCAGCAGUAUCUGAUGGAGACGUCGGCGGCACUGGAGCAGCUGCAGCGGCAGACGGUCGAGCAGAGCCAUAUCAUUCGCCAACAGGCCCGCCUCCUUGCUGAGCACGGGAUUGAGCUUCCUGUGAGCCUGCAGCUUGAGCAGCGCAAGUCGAUUGCCGACCAGCGCGUCGCUGCCGCCAUCGUCGCCAUGGACCGCGACCUCCCGCUCAUGUGCCUUGACCCAGAGGAGAUUAUCCGACGGCGAAAUGCGCAGCGCGUGCAGCCCAAGCGGCUUCACGACCAACUGCGCAAACAUUACGCAAAUAGGAUGAAGACCAUCUCCAAUUUGGGGUUUUCGCACGACCAAGCGCAGCUCACGCGCUCCACGUCCCUCACCGGCAUUCACCGUGGCAGCCUUAUCCCUGGCACGGGGCAGGCCCUCGAGUUGGCCCGCAUUGCCUCUGACAUGAGAGGUGAUGGGGACGAGAACAACAACGAGAACAGCGAGACGAGUGGGCAGCCACGGCCCAUGUCAAAGGUGCAGAUGCGCCGGGCAACGAGCCCCAUCAUCCCGCACCCGCACGGCCUUCACUUGGACUCGGAGGCCGCCCAGCAGCAGGAGCAGCGGUGGAGGCGCGCGCUGGAGAAAAAGGCGCCAAUCACCAGCACACCGCUCCCGGGCAGUGCCGCGUUCUACAACAACGGCGCCGGUAAGGCUGGGCGCAAGGGCAGCGGGCGCAAGCGAUCCGCAUCACACUCGCCAACGACCAUGUACAAGACAUUCACCAAAGCAGCGAGCCCAAUGCCCCUUGACCGCACAUACACAAAGGACGACUUCAAGGCGGCGCAGCAGCGCAGCAGUGAUGAAACCAAUGGUGGAGAUGGUGAUGACACGAUGAUUGCUGAUGCUUACAACAAUGACGACGAUGAUUACGAAGACGACUUUGAUGAUGAUUUCGAUGAUGAUGAUGACGAUGAUGAUGACACCGAUGCCGACAGUGAUCGGUACCGUCGUGAAGAUGCACGCACACAUGCGCGCCAACAGCAGCAGCAGCAACAGCAGCAAGGUGCGAGCAAGAAGCGCACGACAGAUGAAGGUGAGAAGCGUGUCGACGAGACACGGGCGCUGCACCAGCAUCCUCUUGCCACCAACAACAGCGGGAACGAAGCCCCUCAGCGCAACACACACGACGUGCUGCGCAAAGGUCGUGUGAUGCACGCACAGCCAACACCAGUUGCUCCACAGUUGGACGUGCCAUCGCCACGACAGCUCCGCGUGGAAACUGCAAAGAUUUCUCCAAAGCACCAUCCCAACAACCCACAGGUUCGCCGUGGAAAGCAACUGGUGGCUCUGCACCCGACCAUGCCUCGCCUUACGGUGCAGGCGUCGCCCUACGCCAUUGCGCCGCGCCACCUCCGCCGUGGUGGUCGCUGAGCACGGCAUGUCGUGUGUGUGUGUAAGGGCGCGCGCGCGCGCGUGUGUGUGUAUGUGUGUGUGUGUGUGUCUGUCUGUCUGUCUGUCUGUGUCUGUCUGUCUGUCUGUCUGCCAUCGCGAUGGUACACAACAAGUUAAGACUGUUGUUCAUGUUAGUUACUUCGAUUCACAAAGAUGUAGCGUGGUCGGGACCUUGUUCUGUGCAACAUCAAGUGAUAACUGUCAUGUCUACACAAUGCCCAAUUGUUCGUUUAAUCGGCCAUUUUCUUGCUUUCCCAGAUGAAGAGUUUCCUUCAUUCAACUGCAACGACCUCGUUUGGGUCCAUCAAUAACAACAACACAUCAGCCGCACAU